AUGAGGAGGUCGCGGCGUAGGCGAAUCGAAGACGCCGACGACGAAGAAGAAGAAGAAGAAGAAGCGAUCGACGACGCGGCGGAGGCGGCGGAGGUGGCGACGAUCGAAGUCGUUGGUGGCGGGCGAGGAGGAGAGGAGGAGAGGAGGAGGAGGGGGAGAGGAUGGGGAAGGGAGGGUGAGGGAGUCGAGAGGGAUGUGGUGGGGGGCGCGGUGCACACGGUGGUGGCGCCGAUCGAGCGGGUGAAGCUGCUGCUCCAGACGCAGGACGGGAACGCCGCGCUCCUCGGGCGCCGCCGCCGCUUCCGCGGCUUCGUCGACUGCGUCGCCCGCACCGUGCGCGACGAGGGCGCCCUCUCCCUCUGGCGCGGCAACGGCACCGGCGUCCUCCGAUACUACCCCUCCGUCGCCCUCAACUUCUCCCUCAAGGAUCUAUACAGGUCCAUGUUAAAAGGUGAAGAAACAUCGGCCAACAACCAAUUAUUCACGUCCAUCGCGACCACCAACUUCAUCGCUGGGGCUGCGGCCGGCUGCACGACCCUAGUCAUCAUCUACCCUCUCGACAUCGCGCACACCCGCCUCGCUGCUGACGUGGGCCACACCGACUCCCGCCAGUUCCGCGGCAUCUGCCACUUCCUUCACACAAUCUACCAGAAAAACGGAAUCCGCGGCAUCUACCGUGGCCUCCCCGCCUCCCUCCACGGCAUGGUCAUCCACCGCGGCCUAUACUUUGGGGGCUUCGACACCGUGAAGGAUUGCUUAAUAACGAACGAGUCCCCACUGUGGAAGAGGUGGGUCGCGGCGCAGGCGGUUACUACAACGGCGGGCUUAAUUUCGUACCCGUUGGAUACCGUGCGGAGGAGGAUGAUGAUGCAGUCGGGGAUGGAAAAGCCGGUGUAUGACUCGACAUUGGAUUGUUGGAGAAAGAUAUAUAGGCUCGAGGGGUUGGGUUCGUUUUACCGUGGGGCGCUGUCGAAUAUGUUUCGGAGCACGGGAGCCGCGGCCAUAUUGGUUUUGUAUGAUGAGGUGAAGAAGUUCAUGAACUGGGGUGGGCUGUAACAGGGGAAGCAGAUAUUGCGAAAUUUUUUUGAACUCACAGGGAGCUUAGAGCAAAUUUUUUUCUUCCUUGUUAACUGGAAAUUCAAAAUUCGUUUCGCUGACAUAGAACAUGCACAUAGUGUUGUUGUUUUUUUGGUUUCUCUUAUCAAUGGGAAGUAGAUGUAUCCCUCAUUACCUUUGUGAGACAUCUCUUUAUGUAGCUGCUCUAUUUCCUUUUCCUUUUACUGUAAUUUUCUAAUUUGAAAAGAAUGAAAAAGAUACAACUUUUGUACAUUUAA